UUUCCAGCUCUCAAGUAAAGAGUUCCGAUUACAGACACGGUUUUCACGCUUUCGUGUUCACAUUUUCCCUGUUCCAAAUAUUACAUUUUAUUUCACAGUAAAGGUUUUUUUAUUAUACGGUUUGACCGCGCUGGAAGACGCAGAACGGGUUAAUGGUCGAGCUCUUUUCUGUAACGUGACACACUGAAAGCAACAUGGCGGUGCCCUUCAGCAGCGCAGCGAGGCUAACGUCUUCGAGCGUCUUAUUCAGAUUCGGCUCGUCGAGCAGAUGCCUUCACAUCAGCGCUGUGUGCUGCAAGAGCAAAGCAGCUCGUAUUAAAAUGGGAAAAGGAGAUCGACCUUUGACCUAUGAACAAGCGCUCCAGCCACAUUACAUUGGCCACCGUAAAGGAUGGUUGUCACAGCAUACGAGUAACCUCAAAGGUGAAGUGGGAGCCGCCGACCGGGCGGUGGAGGACAUGUUCCUGAGGAAAUUCAUGUUCGGGACCUUCUACGGGUGCCUGGCCAACGAGAUCGUGAUCAAAAGACACGGCAACAUGAUCGUGAUCUGCGCGUUAAUGCUACAGAGACACCCUCCGCCCAAGUUAUACUUUCUAAUAGGCUACUCGGAAUCUCUGCUCUCCCACUUCUACAAAUGUCCCGUCAAGUUAGAGAUACAGACGGUGCAGAAUAAAACCGUGUACAAGUACGUCUGAGCUCACUGUGUGAAGCAUCCGCUUAAAUAAUAAAACGAGUUGUCACUAAAACCA